GGGCGUCAGAGAUGCAGCCUGCAGUGCUACCAGUGGGUCUUAGACUGCACGCAGCACGUGCCAAACCAGCCCUACUCGCUGCCAUCCAGAGCCCAGACCACGCUGCAUGCAGCACACAGGGCUGGUCCAGGGCUCCUACUGCAUGUGUCGCCCACACUAGACUGGCCCCAUGUCCUGAAUCCAGCACGUGGAGCCACUCUGUGGCCCCGAUCCUAGCCGUGUCGCAUCUCUGUACCACUCACUUGGUCCUCAGGGCCUGAUGAAUCUGACACUCCUGGACUUGCCAGCAGCCUAUAGUUCAAGAAAAUGUCAUCAACUAUACCAUUAAACAUUAAUAUAAAGGAACCCCGUUGGGAUCAAAGCACUUUUGUUGGAAGAGCCAGUCAUUUUUUUACUGUAACAGACCCCAGGAAUAUUUUAUUAUCUAACACACAACUAGAAAAUGCAAGAAAAAUUAUACAUGAUUACAGACAAGGUGUGGUGGCCCCUGAAUUGACUGAAGAUGAGCUUUGGAGAGCAAAAUAUGUCUAUGAUUCAGCUUUUCAUCCAGACACUGGUGAAAAGAUGAUCUUGAUUGGCCGAAUGUCAGCUCAGGUACCAAUGAACAUGACUAUCACAGGUUGCAUGAUGACCUUUUAUAGAACGACUCCUGCUGUAGUCUUCUGGCAAUGGAUUAACCAGUCCUUCAACGCCAUUGUAAAUUAUACCAACCGAAGCGGGGAUGCCCCGAUUACUGUCAGCCAGCUGGGAACAGCCUAUGUUUCUGCCACCACAGGUGCUGUAGCAACAGCUCUAGGACUUAAUGCACUAACCAAGCAUGUCUCACCCCUCAUAGGACGUUUUGUUCCUUUUGCUGCUGUAGCUGCUGCUAAUUGCAUCAAUAUACCAUUAAUGAGGCAAAGGGAACUUAAAUAUGGUAUCCCAGUUACUGAUGAAAAUGGAAACAGAUUGGGUGAAUCUACCAAAGCUGCUCAGCAGGCCAUUACUCAGGUGGUUAUCUCAAGGAUUCUCAUGGCUGCGCCUGGCAUGGCCAUUCCUCCCUUUAUAAUGAAUGCUUUGGAAAAGAGAGCUUUUUUAAAACGAUUCCCCUGGAUGAGUGCCCCCAUUCAAGUUGGAUUAGUUGGAUUCUGUUUGGUGUUUGCUACGCCUCUGUGCUGUGCUUUGUUCCCUCAGAAAAGUUCCAUGUCUGUAACACGCUUGGAGCCAGAACUGAAAGCCAAGAUCCAGGAGAUCAGUCCUGAUUUAGGACGCGUGUAUUUUAAUAAAGGAUUAUAAUUCAAGGAUGGUGGAAAUAUUUUGUGAACUUUUUUUUUAAUUGUGUGCCAGCAUUAUUGAAAAGAGCUCAAUUUUGAUCUGUCCUUUUGUUAAAUGAUUUUGAACAUCUGCAUUAUUUUAUAAUAUAUAUGUAAAAAAACUUUCCUUCUCAUGUUUUCUUAAAUCUCAAAAACUCAUUUUGUUAUUUCAUUGCCCACUUUGAGUCUUGAAUGAAACUUUAACCGCACAUAUCCAAAAUGUUUACAUUGAGCUCUCAAGCAGCUAAAAGAAAAAAAAUCAAGCACACAAAGGGUACAUCUAUACAUGCAGUUAGUGAGAAGCAGUAAACUCUGGUGCAUACCAGAGUUUGUUGCUCCAAGGCACUGAGUCUACACGUGAACCCAGGACCACACCAUGUUGAGCCAGGUCGGAGCAGCCCUGACUGGCUGGGGGGUGAGCCUGUCAGCCCAAGGCUGCUCCAACCCAGCUCAGCAUGCUGCAGAGGGGCUGGUUGGGGCACGAGGGUACUUCAGUGCAGGGCUAACUGGGAGGCAGCCCCUGCACUGAAGCACCCUUGUGCUCCAGCCGGUCCCAUCAGCAUCUGCGCGUGUGUUGCUGCACACUUAAGAACACCACUGCAGAUAGUACUUGAAAAUCCUAUGGUGGUGUUUAUUAGCUUACUGUGACCUAAUAGGGCUGCAUGUGCAGACGUUGAGUGCAGAGGUAAUUGGGCUGUUUACAGUUUACCACUGUAAACAUCUCAUGUAGAUGCACCCAAAGAAAAUCAGAUUUUCUUGUCUUAAAUGUAUUGCCUGUUCUCCCUCCACUUGGGACAAAAGUCCCUUUUUACGUGUUAUUGAUCCUGCAGUUCCAGCAGUGACUGCAGAUCUGCUUCUCCAGGCCCUUCUUGUCCUAUAUCAUCCUAGAAGGAAUAACCCCAAAGAACAGUUGGUGACCAUGCCCUCUUUACCUUCAGGUUUUGACUUCAGCAGAAAUAGCAGCACUGGAUAGUUUGGGGUUUUUUUUCCUUUCCUCGUUUUUCUUUCUUAAAAUCUAUAGACUCCGUGAAAAGUUCCUGCGUUUCCAUUUUAACUACAUUCAACAUAUGCUGCCCUGUUGUGUUCAGCCUAUUCAAAGUGCUCUCAUUUCUAACAGAAUAUUGUUGCAACGGUACAGUGUGUUUCUCCGUUUCAUGUGAGGGUCAUGUGUUCGACCUCUGUGUUUCUUGAAGAGCACAGAGAAAGCAUAUCAUAUACUUCUGUUUUAAUCCGUUACUGUACAAAAUAUACCCAAACACUUUUUCUGAGUACAUUCCAUCAUAUUAUUAACAUUGCCGGUAUACACCCCGUUGUGAUUAUACAAUGCUCAUCUAUAUUUAAUGUACAGUAUACCUAAUAUAACUCUAGAGAGCUUACACUUCAAGGGUCAAAUUCUUUUGAUGUAUAUUGGAGCAAGUUUUCUGAAGCUGUGCCAUUUUGCAUUAGCAAAGAAAUUGGCCCAACACUUGUAGAUGUUCAAAGUAAUAUACAAAACAAUGGUGUUUUACUGACAGUAUGUUGUUGUUAUGCAGAGACUAUAUAGCAUAGGUAAUGUCUGAAAGUUUAGAGAACAAUAGUGGCAGUUUUUGCUUGACUGUGAUCAGAGUGAAUUUUCUCAUAAAGCAGCGAUUUGCUUGAUGGUUGUUAUGUUUAUCUUUGAUCUGAAAGGAUUAACAGAUCUGAAGCUUUAGUCUCCUUGAAUGCCACUGAGCCUUACCUGUAUUUCUUCCAUAAUUACAAAACCUCACUUUUUUUGUCUUAACCUUUCUAGUCGGACUGAGCUGGUUUCCCCAGUGAAUUCUGACCUUGGGUUCCUUUAUUGCAAUAAAUAUUUCUGAGAGAAAAAAAACGGAAGACAAAACUACAAUUCCAUACAUGGUUGUCGAAGAGCUAGGAAGGAAUUUAUUUAAUGAUUACCAUCUCCUAUUUAAAGGAGCUUGUCUAGUUUUUAAAUGUGCCAUUUCUCCAGUUGUUGUUUUUUUAACUCUUGCAAUCAAAUAUUUUAUGUGAACUCACUUUUUUUUUUCCAAAAUGCUGAUAUUUGCAAAUUAAUCAUUGCUCUAUAUGAAAGAUAUAGCCUAGUUUAAAAAGAAUUGAUAGCUUUCCAUUAAAAGUGAUUCUUCAGUGACCAAAGUAUAGCUCUGAGGACAAAAAUAUACCAUGAGUAUAUAUUUUUUUUUAUUUCCUUUUUUGAAGCUUCAGUCUAUUAAUGCUUUUCUACAGAAAUAACUGUACAGUUUCAUUGUAUUAAGCAGAACAAAAUAGUAUAAAGAUCAGGCAAUUUAUCCUGGUCUUAGAAAUAGAAUGUUUUUAAAAACUAUUUCCAAGUAAAGUGCAAUAAACUUUCUGAAAACUGGUAAAACAGAAUAACUAAUAUUUCCAGUUGGGGAAUAUAAUUUUAAAUGAUGAGGUGACUGACUGUUUUUAAUUUAAGUAUUAGCUUAAUGUCUUGCCAGUGUUGACAGAGUUAAUGUCAUGUUUAAACUGAACUGGAUGAACUAUCAAAUAAACUCAGAUUGAAAUGAA